UCAAACGGAUUUAAGCACUUUCUGCCACGUGGCACGUUGACAUCGGAAUCAUCGAACGGUGCAAGAUUGUUCCUAGCAAUAAAGCACAACAUUUCCAUUUGUUUGGUUGCUCCGAAAAGAGAGGACCAAACAAGCCCUUAUCACAACUCUAUCUAACAUAGUACAGGCCCAAACCAAAAAGCUUCGUCUCUCAAUUCGGAUUCUCCAGCACAAUUCCCUUCCCCAAACAACCUUGGUUUGCAAUUAGUGUAGAAGAUGAGUACGUUGGAUGCAACAAGGGCUGAACUUGGUCUUCUUGUUUUAUAUUUGAGCAAGGCUGAAACAAGGGACAAGAUAUGCAGGGCAAUUCAGUAUGGUUCCAAAUUUGUGAGUAACGGGGAACCUGGUACUGCUCAGAAUGUAGACAAAUCAACCAGUUUGGCACGAAAGGUCUUCCGGCUUUUCAAGUUUGUCAAUGACCUACAUGGUUUGAUAAGUCCAACACCACAGGGCACUCCCUUGCCCCUAAUUCUGUUGGGAAAGUCCAAGAAUGCACUUCUCUCCACUUUCUUGUUUCUUGAUCAAAUUGUGUGGCUUGGCAGAACAGGAAUCUACCAGAAUAAAGAACGCACCGAAUUAAUUGGCCGGAUAUCUCUUUUCUGUUGGCUGGGUUCCUCGGUGUGCACCACCUUGGUUGAGCUCGGGGAGCUUGGAAGACUCUCUGCAUCAAUGAAGAAGUUAGAGAAAGACCUCAAGAACAAGAAUAAAUUUGAUGAUGAGAAAUACCGUGGCAAACAAAACCAGUCAAAUGAGAGGACUCUAUCACUCAUCAAAGCAGGAAUUGAUAUAGUGGUAGCAGUUGGACUGCUUCAACUGGCACCUAAGACAGUUAAUCCACGUGUGACUGGUGCAUUCGGAUUUGUAUCAUCUCUAAUAUCUUGCUAUCAGCUGCUUCCUGCUCCGCCCAAAUCCAAAACCUCAUGAAGUGUGGAAGAAUAGAAUGGUUCUCAUGAGAUCUCACUGGUGUCAAAUAAUUAUAUGAAUUGGUCAGAAAAUGUUGGUUGGUGUGAGCAUUGACCAAUAUUCAUCAUAGUCACAGUUGCUCCCAAAAACUGCUUUGUAGGGUAUCUAUGCAACAAUAUUCAUAAUUUACAUACAUAAAUUUAAGACAUCCAACAUCAAAUUAGUUCACCCCUUCCUCUCAA